GCUGACCGCGCGCCAUGGGCGAGGAGUACGCGCGCUCACCCUGCGAGCGCUUCCCCGCAACGGGCGCGUUCAGCGUGGCGCCUCCGGAGCGGCUGAGCCCGCCGCCACCCGCGCCGCUGCCGGACCGCUUCUCGGCGUCCCCGCGGCGGGUGCGCCGCUGUGCGGAGGCCGAGCGCGCGCGGCGCCCGCGCUACGUGCCGCCCGCAGCGCACGUGCCCGUGGAGCGCUAUGUGCCGCGGCCGCCGGCCCCGCUGCGCCCGCCGCCCCCGGUGUACUGCGGGCUGGCGUGCAGGCCGCCGCCGCCCGCACCUCGCAAGUGCUGCGGGCCCGCAUGCCGCGAGGACAUCGCGGGCUCGCCGCCACCGUCCCGCUACGUGGAGUACGUGGGCGCGGCGGCCGCGCGCCGCCUGGCCUGCACACCGCCGCCGCCGCCGCCGCCCGCGCUGCAGCUGCCCUGCGAGCCGCAGGAGCCUCCCUGCUGCGUGCAGGCUCGCAGGCGACCGCAACCACCACAUGAUUGGUAAGUACUAGAGAACCCAAGAACCCAUAACAUGGAAACAUGACGUGUCAGACUCUAACAAACACCCUGUGUGACUAUGUUUAUCCUCUAUCAAUUCAAUGACUGAAACCAAAUAACCACUUAUCUAUG